AUGGGUCGAUCUCCAUGCUGUUUGAAAGUUGGGUUGCAAACAGGACCAUGGACUCCUCAAGAGGACAAUCUCCUGACCAACUACAUUGCAUCUCAUGGUGAAGGUGACUGGCGAAAUCUCGGACCAAAAGCAGGCCUCAGGCGGUGUGGGAAGAGUUGCAGGUUGCGAUGGCUGAACUACUUGAGACCCACUAUAAAACGAGGAAACAUCUCUGCUGAUGAAGAAGAUCUCAUCAUUCGCCUCCACCGCCUACUUGGAAAUAGGUGGUCACUGAUUGCAGGGCGGUUGCCUGGGAGAACAGAUAAUGAAAUAAAAAACUACUGGAAUACCCAUCUUACUAAAAAGCUUAAUACAAGCUCCCAAAAGCCUACCCACAGUCAAGAGGAUAAACAAAGGGGUGAGAUUAUUGGACAAGAGCUACUUCAUAUGAUUGACCUCGUUGACAAUUAUAAUCCAUAUGACGAUGUCAAUGCAGAGGAAUUCUAUAGAUCCCUUUCACGCAGUGUAUGUGGUGCACCCUCUCCCGUUAAUAAAUGGGCAUUGAUUGGUCCAAACCUUGUGGUUCUUCUCAAGAGUGCAGACCUAGAACAUGUUGCAGAUAGUGUACCAGAUAACACUCGACAGUCCAUCUUUUCUAGUAUUGUUGCUAUAGCCACACAUGUGGAUGAGAUGACAUCAGAUCAGGUGGGUAGAUAUUUGUUGCACUCUCGUACUAGCAUUCAUGAUGCAUCAGUGAGUGAUGAUCCAUAUGUGCGAGUAGACAUACCAUCGUCGAUGGAUGUUGCACGCAUGCAUGACAUAGAUCCUUUACGGCAGAUAAGUGCAUGCUUAUCCAGUGAUCUCUUGGAUUCAUAUCAGGUCAUUGCUAUGGAGCAUGGGAUCCCACUAGAGGAUUCCCCAUCAUUUGUUAGGCGUGUACUUGGUAGACCGGGUGCUUCUAGCCGUGGUUGUGAGCAUACAUAUUCUCAGCCUAUUGUUGUUGCACAUCCUACUGCCCUGCCCCAGCAUAUAGCAGUUGGUCAGCAUACACCUCCUCCUCCUAUUUAUACAUCAGUUGAUUGA